AAUAACUGAGAGAAGAGGCUAAGGGAGGAAGGAGAUCAGGUAAGAGCAACCGGCAGCAGUUCUUUCUUUGGCAGACACAACGAUGCAUGCGAGAAGAACGGCCAUGGCACUGGUGUGUCUUCUGUGCCUGCCUCUGCUGUUGGUCCAGGGCGUCGUUCAUUCCAGGAAGCUCUUAUGGACGGUGCAGGAGAAGCAAAGCCAUGGUGGCCUUGGCAGCCAUGGGACAGGCACAACCACCAACCCGGAACCAUGCAGUGGCAGGGGAGGGAGCACAGGCAGUGCAAAUCAGGACCAGGUGCAGUGUGACACAUCGAAAUGGGCAGAAAUCCACACAGAUUACAUCUACACCCAAGAUGUCAAACACCCAUAAAUUGUUCCAGCACCUAGCAGCUCAUUAUAUGUUUAGUUCCGGCGCGUUCUUAAUUUCUUCCUUCAGUUUCGUUUGGGAGCGUUCACUGUUUAGUAUACGGCAGUGUUACCUAAGAUGCGGACACAUAUGUCGGAAUCCAACUCGAAUUUGAGUGACCAAUUCGGUAAAAAAGUUUGGAUACA